AUGAAGAACCACACGGAGCUGAGUGAGUUCAUCCUGCUGGGAAUCCCUCAGACUCAGGGAGUGGAAACUGUGCUCUUUGUCAUCUUCCUGUUUAUUUACAUCUUCACCCUAGUCGGCAAUUUACUCAUCCUCAUAGCAAUCCUUUCCUCCUCUGCCCUUCACACCCCCAUGUACUUCUUCUUGGGAAUCUUAUCUAUUUUUGAUAUUUUGUUUCCGUCAGUGACCUGUCCCAAGAUGCUGCUCUAUCUCUCUGGCCAGAGCCGGGCCAUUUCUUACAAAGGCUGUACCACACAGCUCUUCUUCUACCAUUUCCUUGGAGCCACUGAAGGCUGCCUCUACUCAGUGAUGUCCUAUGACCGCUUUGUGGCCAUCUGCCACCCCCUGAGGUAUACACUCAUCAUGAGACCUGGAGUCUGUGUGGGUUUGGCCAUGGCAGCCUGGUCAGUGGGCUGUCUUCAAGCUACUCUCCUGACCUCUUUCACUUUUAAGUUGACUUACUGUGGCCCAAAUCGUGUGGACUACUACUUCUGUGACAUCCCUGCUAUGUUACCUCUGGCUUGUGAUGACGCUUCACAGGCCCAGACCGUGGGUUCCACCGCUGUUGGCUUUCUGGCUUUAAUGCUUUGGUUCACUGUCUGUGUAUCCUACACACGCAUUGGGAUUGCUAUUUUGAGGAUCCGAUCAGCAGAGGGCAGGAAGAAAGCCUUCUCCACCUGCAGUGCCCACCUUACUGCCAUCCUCUGUGCCUUUGGACCAAUAAUUAUCAUCUAUCUGCAGUCCACGCCCAACCCCUUGCUUGGUGCCAUAGUGCAGAUCUUAAAUAAUAUUGUCUCUCCCAUGCUCAACUCAUUAAUCUAUUCCUUAAGGAACAAAGAAGUGAAAAGAUCCUUAAAGAAAGUGUUCCACAAUGCUGUGUUUACUGUUCUGGAAUAA